GACCGUUGCGUCAAAACGGGAAACGAGGAGUGGCGCGUGGAUGCGCUUAAAUAGCCAGCCUUUGCGUUUGCACACAUCACAACACACAACUUCGUCUGCUCGGACUUGUUUUCUUUUAUUGCAUUUGAUUUCGCCAAAAAUUUGACUCGGUAUCAUGAUGCGCGAAGCUGUGCGCGCUCUUGUGGCGCUGUGGCUCUGGACGCUUCAUGGAUGCAGAAAUAGUGAAGCCGCUCCGAACCUUUCUUCACCGCUGCAAAGCUCCAACUGGGGCAACCCGCGGAGGUACGUGCACCUGCGCACCAGCACCGAGCUCAACAACUUCUACCUGGAGAUCAGCCUGACUGGACACGUGCGCAAAACAACGCACCGGGGUUCAUACAGUGUGUUGUUACUGAAAGCCGAGAGCAGGGACCAGAUCGCAAUACUUGGAGUGAAGAGUAACCGGUUCUUGUGCAUGGACGCGCAGGGAAACCUUUUCACAUCUACGGUCUGCCACGGGAAUGACUGCCUCUUCCAUCACAAGCUCUUGGAGAACCACCGCGACGUGUACUACUCCCCCCGGAGCGGCAUACUGCUGGAUCUGGAUGGUGUGAAGCAGGUGUACUCAGCGGGCCGCAAUCUGCCGCAGACGUCCCUCUUCCUGUCCGAGAAGAGCACGGUUCCGCUGGAGCGCCUGCAGCACCGGGAGCGACGGGACCGCCAGGCUGAGGCGCCCGACUCGCAGCGCGCACGCGCGCACGCCUUUCUCGCAGAGGAGUCGGACUCGCGCGCUGCCCGCGACGACGACGUCGACGUGGAGCGCCCGGAGGAGCACAAGAGCUCGCGGGAAACUCACGCAUCGCCGAACGACGACGACCCGUGGGACGUGGAGCACGUCAGGAGCCCCGGGAGUCCCCGGAUGUCCGGGACAGUGGGAUGAAGUCACUCUUGAUUGGACAACAGGUGGACCGCAGAAAGUUCCUUCAGAUCAUAUCAAAUAAUGAUUGAACCUUGAUUUAAUUUAAAAAAAAAAUUUUUUUUUUAAUCACACAAUAAAUAAUUAAAGUGCAGCAUUUUGCCAGCAGGGAGAUAAAACACCAGUAAGCACAAACUGAGUUUCUAACAGUGUUUCAUAUUGAUUGAAUCACACCAGCAUUAUUGUGCUGAUACAGCAACAUCUGGGAUUAGAUAUCUUAAUCCGUUACAUUGAAGUUAUAGAUCAGGAUCACGUGACUAUGCAAAAGGGCGUACUUGUGUAGAUUAGAACAUUCGCGCAAACACAAUAGACCUAAUUUUCUAACAACAAAAACACGUGUGUGUGUGUGUGUGUGUGU